AUGCCGAUGAUGGACGACGGUUUCGAGGCUCUCUUAGAGCCCUUCUACAAUGGCAAGGCAUUGACAGACCCCAUCUCCACCAAGGACGACAAGUACCAGCUUCUCCCUGCGUUCUUGAAAGUAAAGGGUCUCGUCAAACAGCACAUCGACUCCUACAAUUUCUUCGUAGAUCACGAGAUCAAGGAGAUUGUCAAGGCGAACCGAACAAUCCGAAGCGAUGUCGACAAAAACUUCUUCCUCGAGUUCACAGACAUUCGUGUCGAGCGGCCGACCCGGGCAGACUUCAGCGACGUUAAGGCCCACAACGACGUCACACCCAUGGAAUGUCGCCUGCGAGACAUGACCUACGCUGCUCCGAUGGUCGUCGACAUUGCAUUCAUGCGAGACAGGAAGAAGGUCAUCCGCCGGAAUAUUAUUCUUGGACGGAUACCUGUCAUGCUUAAGAGCUCAAAAUGCUGUCUGCACGGGGCCUCCAACUCAGAGAUGGAGGUAAUGAACGAAUGCCCCCUUGACCCGGGCGGUUACUUCAUCAUCAACGGGACGGAGAAGGUCAUUCUCAUUCAGGAGCAGCUGAGCAAGAACCGUGUCAUUGUGGAGGCCGACGAAAAGAACAAUAUCAUCUCUGCGUCCGUCACCAGUUCGACACACGAGAGAAAGUCCAAGACAUAUGUCACACUAAAGAAGGAUCGCAUAGCGCUACAGCACAACGUACUAGUGGAGAACAUACCCAUUAUCAUCGUUCUUAAGGCCCUCGGCGGAUUGUCUGAUUAUGAGAUCAUGCAACUUGCCGCCGGCUCCGAUGGACGCUACCAGGAUGAUUUUGUGGUAAACUUCGACGAAGCGACCAAAGCCGGUGUAUUCACCCAGCAACAAGCACUUGAGUACAUCGGUGCUCGUGUGAAGAUGGGCACACGAAACAAACCACAGGCCGGUAUGCAAGCUAGGAGGAACAAUGUGGAAGAAGGCCUUGACGCAUUGGCAAAUAUCAUUAUCGCCCACGUUCCUAUCGAAGGACUAGACUUUUAUCCCAAAGCUAUCUAUGUCGCAAUGAUGGUCCGCCGAGUUUUGAUGGCGGCACAUGACCCAAAAUUGGUCGAUGAUCGUGAUUUCGUCGGAAACAAGAGACUUGAGUUGGCUGGCCAGCUUCUGUCACUCCUUUUUGAGGAUCUGUUCAAGAAGUUUCUCGUCGACCUUCGUAUGAACAUCGACAAGUUUUUCAAGAAACCCAACAAGGCGGUCGCCUUUGAUCCCCUGAACUCUAUCAGCGCAUCAGGCGGGCACAUCUCGGCCGGUAUGAACCGUGCGAUCCAGACUGGAAAUUGGAGUGUGAAGCGAUUCAAUAUGAACAGAGCUGGUGUCACCCACGUCUUGAGUCGAUUGAGUUAUAUCAGUGCCCUCGGCAUGAUGACUCGUAUCAGCAGUCAAUUCGAGAAGACCCGAAAAGUCAGUGGUCCAAGAGCUUUGCAACCUUCGCAAUGGGGCAUGUUGUGUCCCUCCGAUACCCCUGAAGGAGAGGCUUGUGGUUUGGUGAAGAACUUGGCAUUAAUGACGCAUAUCACUACUCAUGUCGAUGAGGAGCCAGUAAAGAGAUGGAUCUUCAGUCUUGACUCUAGUGUUGAGCCUCUGAGAAAUUUCUCUGGUUCAGAAAUGCACAAGGAGGGCUGUUUCAUGAUCAACGUCAACGGUACACCAUUUGCAAUGACUCGACACCCAAAGCGUUUCUGUGGUAAAUUCAGGACAAUGCGACGUCGAGGUUGGAUAUCGCCGUUUGUCAGCAUCAAUGUCAACACCCACUUCAACCAAGUACAUAUCGCUACGGACGAGGGUCGUAUUUGCCGACCCUACAUCAUCGUCAAGAACGGAGCUUCAAAACUCAAACCCGAGCAUCUGAGAUUAUUACAGAUGGGCAAAGCCACAUUUGAUGACUUCCUAAGGAAUGGUGUCGUGGAAUACCUCGAUGUCAACGAAGAAAACGAUGCCCUUGUUGCUUUAUAUGAGAACGAGAUUACUCAGAGUACGACACACGUCGAGAUUGAGCCCUUUACCAUUCUUGGAGCAGUGGCUGGACUUAUUCCCUUCCCUCAUCACAAUCAGUCACCGCGAAACACAUACCAAUGUGCUAUGGGUAAACAAGCCAUUGGUGCUAUUGCCUACAAUCAAUUCAAUAGAAUUGACACACUCCUAUAUACCCUAGUCUACCCUCAAAGGCCUAUGGUCAUCACAAAGACCAUCGAGCUUGUGCAUUACGACAAACUUCCGGCUGGCCAAAAUGCAACCGUUGUCGUCAUGUCCUUCUCCGGAUACGAUAUUGAAGAUGCCUUGGUUCUGAACAAGGCGUCAUGCGAUAGAGGAUUUGGCCGCUGUCAAGUCUUCCGAAAAUACACUGCAGAAAUGCAAAGAUACCCCAAUGGACGCGCAGAGCGCAUCGGGCCUCCCGAGAUCGAUCCCAAGACUAACACGCGAGUUCAAAAGCACGGGUGUCUGGACGCAGACGGUCUUGCGAAUGUGGGCUGGAAGGUCCAUUCUGGGGAGGUCAUGAUCAAGAAGGAGACUCCGAUAGACUGCGGCACAACAGGUAUCGGUUCUGACAGAGGACCAAAUGACUUCCGCGAUUCGUCUAUUCUUUAUCGCAUACCUGAUCCUGCCUAUAUUGACAAGGUCAUGGUAUCCCAGACUGAGAAGGAGACUUUAAUUGUCAAGGUCCAGACGAGGCAGACUCGCCGUCCAGAACUUGGUGAUAAGUUCUCAUCCCGUCACGGCCAAAAGGGUGUGGUUGGUAUCAUAGUUGACCAGGAGGAUAUGCCCUUCUCCGACACGGGCCUCGUUCCUGACAUUAUCAUGAACCCUCAUGGUUUCCCUUCUCGUAUGACAGUCGGCAAGUUGCUGGAAUGCUUAACCGGCAAAGCGUCGAUUGUCCAUGGCCGAAAGAAAUACGGCUAUGGAGACGCAUUCCGCUCCCAUCCAGUUGAAGACAUGGCCAAAGUCCUUGUCGAACACGGCUUCUCCUGGGAAGGCAAGGACUACUUCACCUCUGGUAUUACUGGAGAACCUCUAGAAGCCUACAUCUUCAACGGUCCGAUCUACUACCAGCGCCUGAAGCACAUGGUGCAAGACAAAAUGCACUCUCGAUCUCGUGGUCCUCGCGCCAUCCUGACAAGACAGCCGACGGAAGGUCGAUCUCGAGAUGGUGGUCUGCGUCUAGGAGAGAUGGAGCGUGAUUGCUUGAUUGCAUACGGCGCCUCCCAGCUGCUCCUGGAGCGUCUCAUGACGAGCUCUGAUGGAGUCAACAUCGACAUCUGCCAGCGUUGCGGUCUCUUCGGCUACAAAGGCUUCUGCCAGACGUGCAAGAGCACAAGGGAGGUCACGCAGAUGACCAUGCCGUAUGCUGCGAAGCUACUAGUCCAGGAGCUGAUCAGUAUGAAUGUUGGCGUGAGGUUGCAGAUGGAGGACGAGUUCCCUCAUCCGAGGUAG